AUGUCUGAGCAGUUAGAAGCGCAUGGAAAGCAGAGCGCUCAUCCAGCACAGCAGCCACAGCAGCCCGAACAGGAGCAGAUUGUCGCUGGCGUACCGGAGAACAUUUACCCGGGUUACGAGCAAGUUACUGAUGAGCAGUACCAUCAGCAACCUUAUCAUUACAAUGCUGCUAAAGGCUACUCUCAAAGAGGAACCAGAAAUGGCAAUCCUGCUAAACAAGGUCAGCCAAGGGGCGGUAGAUAUGGGUCGAACAAAUAUAAUUAUAACGUUAAUAGCAAUAGCCCUUCCGGUCAGUUCAACCGCUUCAAUGAAGCUGCUGGUGGUGGUCAUGCUAGAAAUUAUAAUAGUAAUGGUUACAAACCCCACAGACGUAACAUCAAUCCAGCAGCUAUGAACAUGCAAUGGCAGGGUUAUUAUAACCCUCAAAUGUAUUAUAUGGCUCCACAGUUAGCACCCGGUAAUGCUUCAGCAGCAACAUCAAUGGAAAUGCCACAAUCGACGUCGCCAAUUCAAACACAUGCUUCAAGUGCUUCACCCCCCGCUACUAGGAAGAUUGAAAUUACGACAAAGACAGGUGAGCAUCUCGAUUUGAAUAGUCUUCAUUCACAUAACACACACGCUAUUUUGCAUAAUGGAACUCAUCAAGGCUUUGAAACGAAAACUCCAGGCUCUGCGACAAGAAUAACAGAAAAUGUAACAGAAAGUGACAAAAUCCCUGAAACAGCUCUUAACGAAAAAAGGAACGAAAAUAUCCUAAAUCCAACAGAGAAGGGUAUUACAGAAGCAGAAAAAACCAAACGGGAAUUUUUGGAGCAAAUCAAGCAACGUAAAGCUGCUCUGGAAAGGAAGAAACUAGAGCAAUUUGAAGCUUUAAAGACUAAAACUACCGAGAAGGAAGUGACAUUGGAAUCAAACGAAAAGGAGAGAAAAGAUGCACCAUUCUCAGUUAGUGAAAAAGAUUUGGAUACUAAUGAUACUCUUUCUCCGAUCUUCCAAGAAACCGAAAAGACCAGUAAGGAUGAGAAACAGCUAUUAUCUGAAGCAACAGUCUCUAUGAAUGAGCAGAAGGUGUCAGCUAUUGAUGAAGAGAUUCUUUCCACGCAACUUGUAAAUUCUAAAGAGCCCAUUCAAGCCGCUGUUAAACAAGAAAACGUUACCGAGGAGCAGAAUAAAGAUCAAAAACCUGCUGACAUUGAAACGGAAUCUCAAAGUGCCUCGAAGGAUGCUUCGGAAGUAAAGGUAGCGGCAAAUGAAGAAAAUGAAGAGUCAUCGGUCAUAGGAAAUCUGGACACAAAGGAUUUGGAAACUCCAGUAGAUGAUGCCAAAACUGAGUCAGAGGAGGCAGAAAUCAAGGCGGAGGGUGCUAAGUCUGCGGUGGAUGACACAAAACCAGAGGAGGCAGAAAACAAGGCAGACACCUCUGAUGUUGUAGCUGACAUCACCAUGACAGAACUUUUAGAGAAAUUGGAUAAUGCUAAACCUAUUGAGGACAUUUAUUCAUUUAAGUAUCCAGCUGGUGUAGAUCUCCCAGAUCCAAGAUACCAAAAAUCUCAUAUCAAGUACACCUAUGGACCUACAUUUUUGCUUCAGUUCAAGGAUAGAAUUAAAACAGCUGCUGAUGAAGAAUGGGUAAAAAAAGCUGCCUCAAAAAUUGUGAUUCCACCUGGUAUGAACAAAGCAGGGAAACAAAGAGAUGGUGGCUCAUUUGGAGGCCCAGGCGGAAGAAUGAACGGCAGUGACUUCAGAAAAAGUGGCUCUAUGAGAAAUAUGGAUGGUAGAUCCAAUUCCAGAAAUUCUUCAAAGAAAAAGUCAAAGAGGAUGCUGGACGAUAGAAGAUCCAACAGGUCGUACACGUCCAGAAGAGAUAGAGAGAGGGCUGAAAUGGAACGUAAAGAAGCCGAAAAGCCUAAAGAAGAAGUCGCUCCUUUGGUUCCAAGUGCUAACAGGUGGGUUCCAAAAUCUAAACAGCAGAAAAACGAAAAAAGGAUGGCACCAGAUGGCGUGACACAACUUUUGGAGAAGGAUGAAGUCGAACGAAAGAUGAAAUCGCUCUUAAACAAGCUUACUUUGGAAAUGUUUGAUAAAAUUUCAAGUGACAUUUUAACAAUCGCGCAUCAAUCUAAAUGGGAAAAUAAGGGUGAAACUUUGGGUAUUGUCAUAGAGCAGAUUUUCAUAAAGGCGUGCGAUGAACCUCAUUGGUCUUCCAUGUAUGCACAACUCUGUGGUAAAGUCGUGAAGGAAUUAGACCCAGAUAUUAUGGAUGAGAACAACGAAGGCAAGACAGGACCAAAAUUGGUGUUGCAUUAUCUUGUUGCUAGAUGCCAUGCAGAGUUUGAUAAAGGUUGGACUGAUAAACUGCCCACAAAUGAAGACGGCACAGCUUUGGAGCCUGAAAUGAUGUCUGAUGAGUACUAUAAAGCAGCUACCGCCAAGAGAAGAGGAUUAGGUUUAGUUCGUUUUAUUGGGUUUUUGUAUCGUUUGAAUUUGUUGACAGGUAAGAUGAUGUUCGAAUGCUUCCGUAGAUUGAUGAAGGAUCUAAGUAAUAACCCUAGUGAGGAGACUUUGGAAUCCGUUAUCGAAUUACUAAGUACAGUCGGUGAACAGUUCGAAACAGAUAGUUUCAGUGCAGGGCAGGCUACCUUAGAGGGCUCUGCUCUUCUUGAUAGUUUGUUUGCUAGUUUGCAAGGGAUCACUCAAUCUGAAACUAUAUCGAGUAGAAUGAAGUUCAAGCUAAUUGAUAUGAAAGAAUUGAGAGAUAAACAUUGGAAUAGUAACAAAAAAGAAGAUGGGCCAAAAACCAUUCAACAAAUUCAUGAGGAGGAAAAAGAACGCCAACAAAGAAAAAGUAACUCUAGGUCUAAUUCUAGACGGGUUAACAAUUCAAUGGGUGGAAGGAACACUUCUAGAAGGGAAGUGCCAUCUGUCUCCAAGGAUAACUUCAUAACAACAAGAUCCUCCUCUUUAAGGCACACCCAAAAGCCAGUUCAAAAGGAAGAGCAACGUCAACCACAAAUGACAGCUACUAAUAUCUUUAAUGCAUUAAUGGAUGAUGACGAUGAAUAA